AUGAUGAAGAAGAACAAGGAGGCAAUGGAAGAGCAAGACCCUGUCUGGAUCCCACCGUCUCAUGGUCUAGGGCAUCUUAAGGGUAUACUGGAUGGAGGAGAGUAUGCCCCUUUUGUAUCUCCUCCCAUACUGGAGAGCAAUUUUAUCCAGGUCAAUAGGAAAGGUGAAUCUAUUUAUCUGCAUAACCGUGCAAACUGGGUGACCGUAGGCAUCUGCUCUUCCAAUUCUAUCUUCAAGACCCCUAAUGUGAUGCUGUUGGCACAUCUGACACCAGAGGCUCGAAAAGAAUCAGAACCCCUCUUUAAAAGCCUCCUGACAUCUCCCUCUACAGAGAAUCUGGUGCUCACCAGGUUUCUCCCUCUGCAGUUUGUGACUCUUUCUGUGCACAGUGCUAAGAACAUGCGACUCAAAAUAAAGCUGAUAAGUGGCCGAGCCUACUAUUUACAGCUCUGUGCUCCUGUAUAUAAACAGGAUAUGGAAUUUUCUCAGUGGGUGGACCUCAUUGCCCUCUUAAAUCAGGAGAAAGCCAGGGCUUCCAAAGUAUCAGAGAUCUCGAGCCUCUCAGAAAUCACAAACAGCACAGAUGCCACAGGCUCAAUGGACAUCAUGGACAUCACAGCUUUCGCAGAGCUGCAGGCCAUGCACCCAUACACUCGCAUAUACUCUGCUAGAGUCACUGACAGCGCAGACUUCUCAGAAUUUACAGAUGUCACUGACAUCACAGAUGUCACUGACGUCACUGAUAUUCCAGAAUAUGAGGUCACAGAUGUUCCAGAUAUAAAAAUUGUCACAGAAGUCACUGAAGUCAUAGAAGAAAAAGAGACCACAAACAUCUCAGGGGUCACAGUCGUAUUUGAAAACGAUGACAUAAUAAAGGCAAAGCAAGAGGAAAAGGAAAAUGUCCUGAAGCACGGGUGUCUACGAGACACAAAAACUAAGAAAGAGUUAAGAGAAUGCUCCAAACAUGUCACCAUCUCAAAUAUAACACUCACUUUCCAAGGCGAAAAAUGUUUUCAGACUACUUUGACUCCUGUAAAAAGUGAGGAAAACAUAUCCAAUGUAAUGGAUGAUAAUACCACAGAAGAAAAGAUGACUGACCUUCCAAACACGAGUCUCAAGGCUACAGAAUCCAGGAACACAAGAACUGAUUCAGGCACUUCAGGCUUAUACAGUUUUUCAGUUUUCCCCCUGAUUAGCAUUUCUUUCCCCCUUUUCACUCUCCUCUAGCUCCUGUUUUCCCC